AUGUCAUCCUCCGACAUCCCAGACCACCCUCCAUCCCGCUCCCUACGGGGUCGCGUCGCCAUCGUCACGGGAGCCGGCUGUGCGGGCUCGGGAAUCGGAAACGGACGGGCCAUUUCUAUUCUCUUAUCCGACGACGGCUGCGAUGUCGUCUGCCUCGACAUGAACCUCGAAUGGGCGAACAAGACGGUGGAGAUGGUCAACGCCAAGCCGGGCCGCGGCAAGGCCGUCGCCGUCCAGGGCGACGUCACUAAACAGGCCGACUGCGACGCCGCCGUGCAGCUCGCCCUCGACAAGUUCGGCCGGCUGGACAUCCUGGUCAACAACGUCGGCGUGGGCGGCCCGCCGGGCACGGCGGUCGACGUGGACCUGGAGAGGUUUGCGCAGGGGCUCGAGGUCAACGUGUCGAGCAUGGUGAGGAUGGCCAAGGCUGCCAUCCCUGCCAUGCUGCGCGACAAGGACGGCGUGGAGAUCAAGGGCAGCAUAGUCAACAUGGGCUCGGUCGCCGGCAUGCUCGGGGGCACCCCGCACCUGCUGUACCCUACCAGCAAAGGUGCAGUUGUCAACAUGACGAGAGCUAUGGCGGCUCAUCAUGCCAAGGACGGCAUCCGCGUGAACUGCGUAUGUCCAGGGGUGAGUGUGGACUUGCUGGCUUAUACGAACCCCCCGCCCCCAUAUGAGCUUGAUAAUGACUAUGAACCGGUUCCCUCGCAGAUGCUAUAUACUCCGAUGAUGUACGCAGGUGGGAUGAGCGACGAGGUCAGAGAGGCCCGCAAGGGGAGGAGUCUGCUAGGUACGGAGGGUAGCGGUUGGGAUGCGGCAUGUGCAGUCGUCUUUCUUGCAUCGGAUCAUUCGAGAUGGAUCACGGGUGCCAUUUUACCUGUGGAUGCUGGGACAACAGCUGCAACUUCUAUAACGCUGCCCAAAGGAGCGAGCGUCAAUGGUUGA